AUGUCUCCUACGCUUCCAACCCCCGCCAACGGGACUUCUACUCCAGAAGAUGGAACGACUCUACUAUCCCUAGACGAUGGCGAACAAUACAACUCUGAAGAAGACCCCGACUUCGAUAUCAACGCCCCCGCUGAAGACGAAGAAGAGGAGGCAACCGAUGCAGAGCCCGAUGAUCGGCCGCGCAAGCGAAGAAGGCUAAGUCCCACCCGAGUGCGAGACGAAGAUGGUGAUGAAUAUGUUGUUGAAGGUGCGCUAGACUCCGGCGACGAAGCUACGAUUCGAAAAGCGAAGGAGAAAAGAGAGAAAAGGCGGAGGAAGGGGAAAAAGGUAGCCGGAGACCAAGAGAGGGAUGGGGAUGAGGAUGAGGAUGACUUUGACUUUGAAGACGAUGACGAAGGCGGUGGAAGAGGAGGAUUCGUGAGGACAAGAGCUAUGAAGAUGAAGAUGCAGGAGGAGCAGAAGCCUCUGGCAAGAAUAGAUGGUGCCACGGUCGAUGUCGAUGCGCUAUGGGCCCAAAUGAAUGCGCCCGACUUUGGAAAGGAAUCGACACCCUCGAUGCAGGAGAAACAAUCAGCAAGCGAAGACGCCUCCACAGAAACCUUGGAAGAUGGCAGGGCUUCUAACCUUCACCUUCCGCCAAAGACACCCGCGAGAGGAGCGGCCCGCCCGGGCGAAGAAACUAUCACAAUCAAACGAACCUACAAAUUCGCCGGAGAAGUGAUAACAGAGGAAAAGGUAGUCCCGAAAGACUCCGCAGAAGCGAAAGUCUACUUGUCGUCCUCGGACGCAACAAAAGAUAACGCAAAGGACGAUCAACAGAACGACGAGGCACCGAAAGCAAGCCCCCUUCCACUCCGCAGACCCCUUCGGCGCUACUCUCGCUUCGACCCAAAUCCGCCACAAACGUAUAGACGAAGCUGGGUGAAGACGUCAGCGUCGCAAAUAUCCCCAAUGAUGAAGGAGCAGCGAGAUGCCACCACACCGGUUGCGGGACCUAAGUUGAACACCGUGAUGAAGUCGAAACUCGAUUGGGCUGCGUAUGUGGAUAAAGAAGGGAUCAAAGAUGAGUUGGACGUUCAUAGCCGAGCAAAGGAAGGAUAUAUGGGGCGCAUGGACUUUUUGAAUCGCGUAGAGGCGAAGAGAGAGGAAGACAGACGGAAUGUGAGAUUGAAGGGUCCCAGUUCGGACAUCGAUCACUUCAGCAUAAGCUGAUUUAACAAAGCAUGGCGCCCGAAGAUCAGGAACGAGGAUACGAAAUUGUUCCUCCUGUCAAAGUGGAAGAAUAGGGCUGUUGCAGAAAGGAUAGCAUGGGGAAAAAGAAAGACAGGAUGAAGAAGAUAAAAGAUCAUGUGCAGGAAGAAGAGGUGAAACCAAAGUCUACAGCUCGUAAUAGAGAAGAAACCGCUCUCGCAAGUAACGUUCGCAUUCUCGACUCCAAACAUUAAAAUAAGCUCCAAACAAGUUUUAUGGAUGCCAUUUCCUCCUUGCAAUUGGUAUAGUCGAGGAAAAGAAUAUGUGACGGAGACAAUGAGGAACUCUCAGCAUUUUUAUACCCUAGCGACCAAGCUGCUGGCAGGGCAAAACUAGAGCAUCCCUUCUUGAAGAGUUACUACCGACAUAACCAUCAUUUUGAUAUGAUAUCCUCAGUGGGCUUGCCUAGAUUAUCGCGCACUUGCACCACCAGCAAGCUGUCAAGGCCACAGUGAAGAGGGACAACGUCACCAUAAGCAGCUUUGUGAAAACAGAGGGCUAAAACUGUGCAUUAUUUGAAGUCUUAACAAACAGGAGUGCUUUCCUCCUGCAAAACUAUACCAAGUUCUUUUGCUUUCG